GGCAGGGCAGCAAUGAGCAACAAGGCUGUGUCGGCGACGUACCGCACCAUCAUCGACGAUGUCAUCGCCAACAUCCGGCAGGACUUUGACGAUGUAGGCAUUGAGCGCGAGGUGCUCGAGGAGCUGCAGCGCAGCUGGGAGACCAAGAUCGUCGCGACGGGCGUGGCAGAGUUCGACGGUGCCGCACAGCCGUCGCGCGGCAGCGGCGCCGGCGGCCGCAAGGGCAAGGGCGAGAAGGAGAUCAAGCCCAACGUCAAGCAUCCGCACGUGCCCGUCGUGGACCCCAGCAAGGCCGACGUCGGCGAGGGCUCGUCGUCCGGCGCCGCCUCUGACGCGCGCAAGGCCGCACGCACCGACGGCGGCCGCCCUCCGCGUGCGGAGAACGAGGAGGAGAACGAGGCCGUCAAGAACGGCAAGGAGCGCGCGGGCGAGAAGCGCAAGCGUGCAGAGGCGACGGAUGAGAUUACGUCGGACCUUGAUGAUUCGGACGAGGAGGAGCAGGAGGUGGGAGAGAUUGAGGGAGAGGACAUGGUGCUGUGUCUGUACGACAAGGUGCAGCGCGUCAAAAACAAGUGGAAGUGCGUGCUCAAGGACGGCGUCGCGAGCAUCGACGGCCGCGACUACGUCUUCAGCAAGCUCUCCUCCGACUUUGAGUGGUAGUCUGCCGCCUGCGCCACUGCGCACGCUGCUGCUGCUGCUGCUCGCCGCCCUCUCUCUCUGUGUCCCCGUCUCACGUCUCUUCGCCACCCGCUUCGAGCGGUCUGUACUACCACCCACGCCAUCUCCGCGCCGGCCCAUCAUCCACACGACAACUCUCGCAUCUCACACUCACGUUCCAUGCCUCUCGUCUCUCCCCUCAAUCGCAUCCGAUUCCCAGCG